CGUGGGCUGGUCGUGCCAUGUUUGCGGAAGUAAAUCAUUUAGCUUAAGCUGCAAAAAGCAAAUGCGAUAUUUUCUCAUUAAUUUUAAUUUGUGGUCAUUAAAAUGAAUCUCCCAAAAGCACCAGACUCCUUAUGCUUCGAUAAAGAUGUUUUUAUGAAGGAUGAUUUUGACGUUGACCAGUUUGUGUCAGAAUGCAGGAAGCAGGUGCAACUGGAGGAGAUGCGAGAGGACUUGGAGCUCUACUACAAGUUACUUAAAACUGCAAUGGUCGAGCUCAUAAACAAAGACUAUGCAGACUUUGUCAACCUAUCCACCAAUCUGGUUGGGAUGGACAAGGCCCUCAACCAACUGUCUGUUCCUUUAGGUCAGUUACGUGAGGAAGUGAUGAGCUUGAGAUCUUGUGUGAGUGAAGUAAUCCAGGCUAUUGAUAACCAGUUGUCCAAACGAGAAGAUCUUCAAAAUAAAAAGGUGUGUGUUUUAAGACUUAUUCAGGUGGUGAGAUCAGUAGAGAAGAUUGAGAAGAUUCUAAAUUCACAAAAUUCCAAGGAGUCAAACUCUUUGGAAAACACCAGUCCUUUGUUAGCAGGUCAAAUCCUGGAGAGAAUAGCCACAGAGUUCAACCAGUUGCAGUUCCACGCUGUACAGAGCAAAGGCAUGCCCCUCCUGGAUAAAGUCAGACCUCGUAUUGCAGGUAUCACUUCAAUGCUCCAGCAAUCUCUGGAGGGUCUUCUGAUUGAGGGGCUUCAGACAUCUAAUGUGGACAUGGUGCGUCACUGUCUAAGGACAUAUGCAACUAUUGAUAAGACCAGAGAUGCAGAAGCACUGGUGGGUCAGGUGCUGGUCAAACCCUACAUGGAUCAGGUCAUAUUGGAAGAAGUGGUGAAGUCUUGCCCCAAUGGUCUCCAUCUGAUGUAUACUAGACUAUUGGAAUUUGUGCCUCAUCACUGCAGAUUGCUUCGAGAGGUGACUGCAGGCGCCAUCUCCAGUGACAAAGCUGAUACAGUGCCUGGUUAUGACUUCCUUGUAAAUUCUGUGUGGCCUGAAAUUGUCAAAGGAAUCGAAGAGCGGUUGGCUUAUCUCUUCAAUCCUGGAAACCCUGACAUAUUUUAUGAGCGAUACAGUACAAGUAUGGAGUUUGUUCAAAAAUUUGAACGACAGUGCAGCUCACAAGCCAGUGUGAAGAGGCUGAGAGUCCAUCCUGCUUACAUUACUUUCCAAAACAAGUGGAAUCUUCCUGUCUACUUUCAGCUACGGUACAAGGAAGUAGCAGGAAGUCUUGAAAAUUCCAUUAGUGAUGGCUUAGAGACAGCACCAGCUGGUAGUGUUUUCUACCUAAAGGUGUCAGAGGUGUUGUGGUCCUGCCUAGUGAAGUGUUGGUCUGACAAGAUCUACCUGGCCCCUCUAGCUCAUCGCUUCUGGAAACUCACGCUGCAGCUUUACUCACGAUAUGCAAAGUUCCUUGAAGAGGUUUUGACUAAACCCUCAGUCCCAGAGGUGCCCAAAGAGCCAGUCAGGCCUUUGCCAAGCUCAGCCUCAUCCACCUCCAGUCGCACCUCCCUGGAAGACGGAGGCAGUGAGAGCGGUAGUCCGACAUCCUUGUCUACUAAGCACCUAGUCUAUAUUGCAGCUGAUGUUCAAAAGCUGCAAGAGCAGAUACCACAAUUGUCAGAGAUGAUCAAACAAAGAUUGAAAGCUCUCAGUUUUACAAAUUUCUCAAUAAUAGAAGAUGCUCUUGUGGAUUCAAAGGCUUGCCUUUCUAGUAGCAUUCCCACACUCAACACCCGUAUGACACAACACCUGACAGAACGAUGCUGCCGCUUUUUGAAAAGUGCCUCUGAGGUUCCGCGUCUCUAUCGCAGAACAAAUAAGGACCUGCCUGUUCGAGCAUCUGCAUACAUGGACAAUGCCCUGCGUCCCUUACAUCAGGUACUGACCGACUCAACGGGACUGGUUAGUCCCUCCACAGCUCACCAUUGGUUAAGAGUUACACUGUGUGACUGUACACAGAGGUACUAUGAGACCAUCUCAGAGGUACUGAGCUCAGUGAAGAAAAUGGAAGACAGCCUGAAACGUCUAAAACAAGCCAGAAAAGGACCAAGUGCAGCUGCAACGACAGGAGCCAACGGUGGGCCCACGGAUGACAGCAAGAUCCGACUUCAGCUGGCAUUGGAUGUCCAAUACCUCGGGGAACAGAUCGAAAAGAUGGGUCUACAUCCAAGUGACAUCACAAUGUUGUCUGCUCUCCACGAUCUGGUCAAAGAAGCCAAAGAGCUCGCUGAACACAGCUAGUAGUCUGGUAUCCUGGGUUUGCAGUAUCAUUGACACUAUGGCAAUUUGAGAGAUGGCAUUUGGUUAAUUUGUUUUACCUUCCUUUUUUCGUGAAUUCUCAAUAGUUCUUACAAACUUUUUUUUUUUACAUAAUUUAUGCAGUAUUUAUUGCUAAAUUUUGUCUGGGAAAAAUAUCAGAUGUGCUAUAAAAUGGAAGACACAACUUAUGCAGCCUUUAGUGCCUGAUUCUUGUUGUUACCAGACUUGUUAAUUGUUGUUAUGAAAUCAUUAUACAAAAAAGUGACAAUUAUUGAAUUUUGUUAAAAAGGCAAGACUAAUGUUAUAGUAGAUUAUUGUAACACAAAAUAUAAUGUUAGCUCCAUGUUUUCUAGGGCAUGGUGAAGGAUGUAUUCAAACAAAUAAGACAUGUUGAAAUUAUGUAUGUAAUGUGUCAAUAAAUUUGGUUUAUUGAAAUAUUUUACACU